GGCUCGCUCUUCUAUAAGUAAACGUGUCCGCAGGCAGUCUACAUACGCUUGCGUACCCCUCCCUCCGCAGGCGACCUCAUUGCACGCUCGACUGCGAGUGAUCCCUCUUUCCCCCAGACGUCGACAAAGAAUCCACGCGUGAUGGACAACAAGGACACCGCGAGUCCGCCAGGGUACUACGCAGCCACCGUGGCUCCUCAAGCUCAGGCUGAGGCCCCGCCCCCGCCCGCUGCGCCCACGCCUGCGCCUGUGGUCGUCCAGACGAUGCAGAUCCCGCAGAUGACGGAGGCGCAGCUCGGGUACAACUACCAGCUCGAGCUGAUGGCCAGGUGCGCGCGGGGCGAGCACCAGGUGUCGACGAAGUACGGCGUGGUGGGGAUCAUAUGCUCCGUCGCGCUGUUCCCCGUCGGGAUGCUUUGUCUCUUGUACGUCGUCCCCGUCCUCGGUCUGGCUGAGACGAGCUGUGGUGGCUGAUGAGCGGCUGGCCUUGCGUAGGUGUGACAAAAGGAAGAAGUGCGAUCGGUGUGGUCUCGUUGUCGGGUGAUACUUCUGCGCGUGGUAGUUGCGACCAGCGAACUCGAGAGG